AUGACCCUAGAUAAUAUUGCUGUUAUGUUGGGAGACGGUAAACCUCCUGCUGAACGGCCCGUUAUCAAGAAACAACUCGUUGAGCCUGUGCAUCUGAUGAGUCAGAGUAAUAAUGCAGUGGCUGAGAACAUGGGAGGUUCCUAUAUAGCACCGACUUUGUCGAUUCCGCCGAGGAAAGUCUCCAAGAAGGAGAAGAAGGCGAACAGGUCGAGAUUGCCCGUUGCGUGUGUCGCUUGCAGAAGGCGACAUAGCAAGUGCCCAGGUGGUAAUCCGUGCUCCAAAUGCAUUGCAGCCAAUUUGACCUGUGAGUACAUCGAGCCAUCCAAGAAGGUUGUCGUGUCAAUGACCUAUCUCCUGCAGUUACAAGAGGAUAUGUCGCUGCUUAAAAAGGAGAACGUUAAAUUACAUUCGAUGAUAGGGAAUAAAAGAGAUCAGCAUCCGGAUGGUAUAGAAUAUGACGAUCCCAAUGACCAUUUGGCCGUCAAGGAGAGUGAUACACAGCGUAACAACUCCAAUAAGUUGGAACCAGAUGAAACUAUCGGAUCCAAUUUCGCGCAAAGGAGCGGACGACUUAUAGAAUCUACACAGGGCCAGACCUAUUUUGUGGGAUCCUCGUCAAUGACGUUAUUUGGGAUCGAAAUCCAAGGUCUGAUAACAAAAUAUAUCACGGGUAAAGUGGUCAAACCUUUACCAACCAAGGCUCAAUUUCCAGCGACAAUCUAUCAGAAGAGAAACCAACUAGCAGAUAACUUGGUGGACCCAAUCGAAACUGUGACACCUAUUCCCCACGAUGAUCCAGAUAUCUUGGAGUAUGGUAUCAAGGCAUUCUCGAAAAAUGAUUUAAAGGACUCCAGGGAAAUUAAGUUGAAGUUCCCGCAUUAUACUUAUGCACUUCUCCUCGUCGAUACGGUUCUAAAGUACAACGAUGGUUGCUUCUAUUUCUUCAACGAAGGGCUCGUGAAACAUGAACUGUUUGUGCUCUACAGUGAAAAGUUGUUACCCUUCAAAGCAAACCCAACGUUACAGAGCAUUUCCUUUUGCAAACUGUUCUUGAUUUUUGCCAUUGGCGAGAUAUACUUGGGAUCAAAACCGAAACUAGACACAGACGUGGAGAAUAUUGGGACAGAUAAACUACCUGGAUUGAAAUUCUUCAACGAGGGGUCCAAACUCUUCCACUGCCUGUUUUCAAACGAGAAUGUAGAGUGUGUGACAAAGGAGGGUGGGGUUGAAACUCUGCUGCUGUAUGCAUUCUAUUUACAGAUCGCUGACUGCACCGUUGCCUCAUACUUUUAUUUUGGGGAGGCGCUUAGAGCAUGUUUGAUAUUAGGUAUGCAUGUGGAUGCUCAAAGUGAGACUUUGACUCGAUUUGAACUCGAACAUCAACGGCGGUUGUGGUGGACAGUGUAUAUCUACGAAAGGAUGUUGAGCAGUAAAGCCGGUCUCCCGCUAAGUUUUACUGAGUACACAAUAUCCACCGAGCUCCCGCAGGAUUUUGAGAUGGAUUUGCCAGGUGGAGAGCAUUUUUUGUUUUCCAAGGCGGAGUCACUAACGAACACUAUUCAGAUAGUGCGCAUUAACGCCAGUAUACUUAACAAGAUGUAUCAGCGUCAGCCAUUCGCGAAUAUCCUCCCCACUUUGCAGAAUAUAUUCAAGCAGUUAAUCGACUGGAAAAACAACUUGUCCGUGUUCUGCCAAGUGGAUUUUUCGAAGCGUGGAAAAGAAUUCGAAAUAUCACGUCAGUGUACCAACCUUUUUACAGAGUAUUUCCAAGGCAUCAACUUGGCAGUGAGACCGUUGUUGUUCCAUUUUACAAUAUUGCAGUUGAAACGGUUCAAAGACACAAACGCAUAUUUGAAUCUUCAAAACUACUCAAAGACGAUAGCCACUCUUCUAAAUUUCUCUUUGCAGGCUUCUGUAAAUACAAUAAGGGCAUUAUGGCACCUUAAGGGCAAGAACAUGGUUGCAGUUUUUGGGUAUAUGGAUCGUGAGUAUUUGUUCACCUCAUCGUGCACUUUACUAUUGUUUAAUGUUGCCUUUGGUAUCCACGAGCAAACUUUGGAGCACCUGGACCACGCAUUGACGAUAUUCACCAGCAUGAAACGGUUAGGCAACCAACCAGCUGAGCUGCGGAGGGCACAGCUGUUGACACUCACGAUUAACCUAGAUUUCCACGAUAUCAUGAAGGAGCUGAUACUGAAGCACACCAAGGAUGAUGAGGAGCAAAUGGGUCAUCUCCAGUCACAAGAUGCUGUCGAGACGCCAGCCAACGGGUCAUCCACAAUAACCAAGAUGGAGCCCCCAAAGUCGGUAUUUACGGCACUUCCGGACAAUAGCAACAAUCGUGAUGGUGUUGUAGAGCUGGAUGACACUGCUCCCUCGGACAGAGUGGAUAUGGAAAACUUGUCGUCGCUUGUAGACAUCAUAAACGCCUCAAUGGAACAGUCGUACAGUGCGCCGUUAACAGAAAAAGGUACGAAAAUUAUCGAGAAGAACGUCAAUGAACUGGACCCAAUCAAUGACCUUGAAACCGACGUAUUCCAGGAGGUUCUGGAUAGUCUGGACAACGUCUCGAAGAAGGACAAUUUAUUAUGGAAAGAAAUAUCUGACCAAGCUAUGUGGCUAGGGAAUGCGAUGGACCCGACCAACGCUCCCGGUACUGAGGUUGACUUCAGUGAAUUCUUGCUGGACUGA